UGGAUGAAGCUCGGACCCUCAGCACAUUAAAACCCCGAUAACAAUUAUUUUAAAUUUAAUCUUGACCGAAGGAUUCAUAAUUUGUUUCUGAGGCGCCACUUAAUACAUAUGGCAAAUAUUGCUCAGUAAAAACUCUGAAGUUUCAAUAAGGGAGAUUUGGAAAGUCGUGACUGGGAGAACCGAAGCGAAAAGAUUUAGUUUGAGUUUAUUAAACCUCUCGUGAUGGCAGCAUGUGUUUUGGACUGAACUUUUGGGCUCUCACAAAACCCUGGCUUUGAAAGAGAACAAUUAAAGUGGACUUAGGUGGUCUAAAGAAGGUUUGGGUGUGUGUGUUAACACCAAGGACAGAUCCAAACACAUCCAACGCGUGUACACCUGCGAGACGUCUCGAGCGAGCACUAUCACCUGUGGGGACAUUAUGAAUGGAUGCUGAUUUAUCACCGACUGUUUUGAAGCAGACAUCUUCGCAUCUCUUAACAAGUAGAACAAGAUUUUGAAUUUCUGCCUGAUAAUUCUUCCCAUGUAAGUGCAGAGAAGAUACCGAGAUGUGUCCCCAACCAACAGCAAAUAUUUCUACCAAGUAAACCACACAGGGUAGCUACAAGGGCUCUUCAACUCUCAUAAACCCUGACAUGGCUGGAGUUCUGGCAGGGCCUCUCGCCCUGGCCUCUACGUCAGUUUGGUUCCUGAUUCUGUUAAUCCCCCUGGCCCAAACAAGCCCUAGGUACCCCCCAACUCUGGCCGGCUCAAAGCGGGAGAUCAUCAUAGAUGGAGACCUGGUGAUUGGAGGGCUAUUUCCAGUGCACGAGAAGGGUGAUGGGAUGGAGGACUGUGGAAAGAUAAACGAAGAACGUGGGAUCCAGAGGCUGGAGGCCAUGUUGCUGGCACUGGACGAGAUUAACCAGGACAACCGCAUUCUGCCUGGCUUGAAGCUGGGAGCCCACAUACUGGACACUUGCUCUAAAGACACAUAUGCGCUUGAGCAGUCGCUGGAAUUUGUGAGAGCUUCUCUCACUAAAGUACAUCAGCCGGGGUUCAUCUGUCCAGAUGGGUCAAAUCCUGUGCCGGACGAGUUGCCUCUGGCCAUUUCUGGGGUGAUUGGAGGAUCAUACAGUGAUGUGUCCAUACAGGUGGCAAACCUCCUUAGACUCUUCCAGAUGCCCCAAAUUAGCUAUGCUUCUACUAGUGCCAAGCUUAGCGACAAAUCCCGUUAUGAUUAUUUCGCCCGAACUGUCCCACCAGACUUCUAUCAGGCCAAAGCCAUUGCUGAGAUCCUACGCUACUUCAACUGGACCUACGUUUCCACUGUAGCCUCAGAAGGUGACUACGGCGAAACGGGUAUCGAUGCCUUCCAAAAAGAGGCCAGAGUGCGCCAAAUCUGCAUUGCAACUUCAGUCAAAGUCAGCCGCUCGGUAAACCGAGGGAACUACGAAAAUAUAAUUCGGUCACUUCACCAAAAAGCCAAUGCCAGAGUCGUGAUCCUCUUCACCAAAAGCGAGGAUGCUAGGGAGCUGCUCUCGGCCGCAACCCGGAUGAAUGCUACUUUCAUUUGGGUGGCUAGCGAUGGAUGGGGGGCACAAGAGAGUGUUGUACAUGGCAGCGAAAAAGCCGCCAAUGGGGCCUUCACAAUUGAGCUAUCCUCAUACUCCAUACGGGAGUUUGAGGACUAUUUUACCAAGCUCACACCUGAGCUAAACACACGCAACCCAUGGUUCAGGGAAUUCUGGGAGCAUAGAUUUAGCUGUAACCUACACGAACACGGCUGUGCCAGUAAUAGCCUGAGGAAUGGAUUGUUCAAGCCAGAAUCAAAGAUCAUGUUUGUGGUGAAUGCAGUCUACGCCAUGGCCUACGCCCUGCACAACAUGCUCCAAGCUGUGUGCCCCAACACCACGAAAGUGUGCGAUGCCAUGAAGCCAGUGAAUGGGAAGAGGUUCUACCGUGAGUUUAUACUCAAGACUAAGUUUGAUGCACCUUUCAGACCUGCCGACACUGAGAAUGUGGUGCGGUUCACCUCAUUGGGUGACAGCUUGGGUCGCUACAACAUCUUUAACUAUCGCCAAGAGGAGAAUAAAUUUGUGUACAGGAAGGUGGGCUACUGGGCACAGGGCUUAGUGCUCAAUACCAGUAUGGUACCCUGGGUUGGUGAAGCCGUACCUACAUCCCAGUGCAGUGACCCGUGUCAACCCAAUGAAGCUAAAAGCAUGCAACCUGGAGACGUGUGCUGCUGGAUUUGUAUCCCAUGCCAGCCUCACCAAUAUCUCCUAGAUGAAUUUACCUGUGUGGACUGUGGUUUUGGAGAAUGGCCCCUCGCCAACCUGACAGGUUGUUAUGAGCUUCCCGAGGAGUAUAUCCACUGGUCAGAUGCAUGGGCAGUGGGACCGGUCACCAUUUCUUGUCUGGGAAUGCUUUGCACGAUUGCUGUGGCUGGGGUUUUCUUCCGAAAUAAUGACACUCCGGUGGUGAAAGCUAGCGGUCGAGAACUUUCAUACAUCCUGCUGCUUGGUGUGCUCCUGUGUUAUGCCAUGACCUUUAUUUACAUCGCUAAACCCUCUACAUUUGUGUGCGCUCUGCGUCGUCUUGGCCUCGGGACGUCCUUUGCCGUUUGCUAUUCGGCUUUGCUGACGAAGACGAAUAGGAUUGCACGAAUAUUUGGUGGGGCACGAGACAGUGCCCUGCGACCACGCUUCAUCAGCCCUGCCUCUCAGGUGGCAAUCUGCGCCAUGCUGAUCUCAGCCCAGCUGUUGGUUGCCCUCGUCUGGCUCCUGGUUGAGGCACCAGGGGUAAGGAAAGAGGUGGGCCCAGAUAGACGAGAUGCAGUGACUCUGAAAUGCAACAGUCUGGAUUCUAGUAUGCUGGUGUCCCUCACCUACAACUGCAUCCUCAUCAUACUCUGCACCUUCUAUGCUUUCAAGACCAGAAAGUGUCCGGAGAACUUCAACGAGGCCAAGUUCAUUGGCUUCACCAUGUACACCACCUGCAUUAUCUGGUUGGCCUUCCAGCCCAUCUUCUAUGUCACCGCCAGUGACUACAGAGUGCAGACCACUACCAUGUGCAUCUCUGUCAGUUUAAGUGGCUCUGUGGUGCUCGGCUGCCUCUUUGCCCCCAAGAUCCACAUCAUCCUUUUCCAGCCGCAGAAAAAUGUGACCACACUGAGGGUCAAAGAUAACCGAUUCUCCACUGCAGCCACUGCACCAAGUUCCACCUACUCGCAAGCAUCAGCCUCAACUAUAGUGCCAACUGUGUGUAAUGGACGAGAGGUGGUCGAUUCUACUACAUCAUCAUUGUGAAGACAUGCGUUCCAGCAAGACGGGGGCCAAUUUUUUAUCAACUAAGCAAAAUCUAGAGCUUCUAAAGAGCUAGUUGCAAUUUUUUUAGACUUACCCUGUGUUUUAUUUGAUACUCAAUUGAAGUAUAGGAAACUUCACCCAAAAAUGAAAAUUCUAUCAUCAUUUAGUAACCCUCAUGUUGUCCCAAACCUUUGUGGUAAAAUCUGUUAUGCAGAAUGUUAGUCUGCCACCAAUGUUAGUCUAACUCGAUGCAUUUUUAUUUUUGGGUGAACAUUUCCUUCAAAUAAAUGGGCAUCUAUAUAAAUAGGGUCACCACUACAAUGACCAAGCAUGUUUUCUUUCAAUUGCUCAGUAAAGCAAUUCUUUAUGAUCAAGAUCAAGUCUUGACCUUUGAGAGUGCAAGAACUAUUGUAAAUGUGACAAACGAUGUGCCAAUGUACUACGCUUACAUUCAAUCACACUCAGGGGCCGUUCGGACCAAACACGUUCUUGUGAUAUAAAGCAGCUUAAUGAAUGGAACAGAAUGCAGGUGUCAUGAGAUGCCAUAAAUUUGUCCUUUUAACGUGACACAUCGUCUUAUAAAUCAGGCGUUACUGAUUAGGCGAUCAGAGGUUUAUCAAGCACGUUUAUAUAGAAAAGCAAUUUUAAAAACAGCGCAGAUAGAUGCAAUAACGCGUUCGGUGUGAACGGACCCUUGGUAAUAGAAUAAAGGAAUGUUUUAAAGAGAUAGGAAGCUAAAAUGGCAAUAUGCGCCCCAGAUUUCUGUACAAUACAAAAGAUAUUAACUAGUGUCAAGUAAUGUUAACAGUAGAGUUCUCAGUCUAUUUAACUAUAUUUCAUUGGAGUCACUGGGGAUGGGAUUAUAUAAGAAUGCUUCAAAUAACUGUUUCAGCACAUGCAACAACAGUGUCUUCAAUGCCAACAUGACUUACACAAAAUAUACUACAAUUUGAUUAUUUUUUAUGUACCCCAGGGUAUAUUAUUUAAGAUGCUGUAUUCUCAGGAAAUGGGAGACUGUAACCUAUUUCUCUUGUUUUAGUUCAGUGUAGUAAAGUAGUAAACCUUCAUUCGGUGAUGGGUUUAUUGUCCUUUUAGUGUUGUGAUGAAAUCAUGUCUCAAGUUUGGUCCUCAUGGAAUAGUUUAUGGUAGGUGUCAUUGCAAGAUGGAAAGUAACAAUAUUCUGUAUUGCCCUUUUUUUUUUAAACUUAAUUACAUUAAAAUCGUUGAGGUCAGUUUUGAAAAUUAGGUAACAAUGCAGACGGUAAUGUUUAAAUGUGAACUUUGGUGAACCAA